UCUAAGUACCUGUCUUGUCCUCCUUCCACCAUGUCCAUGUCCAGACCACCAACCGGAAAGUAAAGCAAAUCAAGUAAGCGAGAAUUUCCUCUAUCCCCAGUCCUUCUCGCCGGAACAUUUUCCCGUAAACAAUCUCCGGUAAAAAGAAUUGAGAGAGGGAGAUGGAGAUGGAGAUGGAGAGGGAGAAAGAACAAGAGUUUGAGUGGCUUAAAGCUCAAAAGAUUGAGAUAACUGUGGAUCUUUUGGCUGCAGCGAAACAGCAACUUCAGUUUCUUGCUGCCGUUGAUAAGAAUCGCUGGCUUUAUGAUGGUCCUACCCUUGACAGGGCCAUUUUCAGGUACAAUGCUUGCUGGCUUCCCUUGCUUGCAAAACAUUUGGAGUCGCCAAUUUCUGAAGGACCAUUGGUGGUGCCUCUUGAUUGUGAAUGGAUUUGGCAUUGCCACCGGCUCAAUCCACUACGGUACAAAUCUGACUGUGAAGAACUUUAUGGAAAGAUCCUCGAUUACUCUGAUGUUGUAUCCUCUGUCAAUGGAGUUUGUAAAAGGAAAACUGAAGAAAUUUGGAACAGAUUCUAUCCACAUGAGCGUUAUGACUUCGAUUUGGCUUUCUCAGAAGCUGUCAAUGAAAAAAUUUCAACCCUUGAGAAAUGUACGAGCUAUGAUUUGGUGUCGGCUGUUAAAAGGCAGAGCCCUUUCUUUUAUCAGGUUUCCAGACCCCACAUGAACAAUGAUAUUUUCCUUCAAGGAGCUAUAGCCAGAUAUAAAGGGUUUUUGCAUAUUAUCAAGAGGAAUAGGGAAAAGUCCAUAAAUUGCUUUUGUGUUCCAACUUACGACAUUGAUCUUAUCUGGCACACACACCAGUUGCAUCCUGUUUCUUACUGUAAAGAUGUGAGUCAAGCACUUGGCAGGAUAUUGGCGCAUGAUGACAUGGACUCUGACAGAUCUAAAGGGAAGAAGCUGGAUGUUGGAUUUUCUGGAACCACGAGGCAUUGGGAAGAGACAUUUGGCAGAAGGUAUUGGAAGGCAGGUGCAAUGUAUAGAGGCAGCGAUCCAUCUCCUCUCACAACCAUUCCGUUCCAAUCAAAUAUCUUGAGCAAAGAGUUAGAAAAAUCAAAUCAAAACAAGAAGAUGAUUGAACUUUCAGAGCGGAAGAUUGUUGAGGUCCUUUUGGAGAUCGUGGGAGUCAAAAACUUACCAGAGAGGCACAAGGGAAAACUCUUUGUGAUGUUUAAUAAAAAGCAACCUGAUGUAUUCUUUAAUGUUAAGCGGAAACUUACUAUCCUGUCAGAAUCAGGAAACAAACAUGUUGCUUCUUUCCAAUGUGAACCUAAGGGAGAGCUUUUCUUUGAACUUGUAUCACAUUCACCUUCCACCUUACCACUAACCAAGGUGUGUACAACAAUGGGCACUACCUCGUUCUCCCUGGAAGACUUUCUGAACCCGGUGUCUGAACUUUCUGUGGAAAGAUGGGUGGAAUUGGAGCCUACUUCUGGAAAUAUGAGCUCAAAGCCAAUCUGCCUCCGAAUCGCUGCCUCAUUUAGUGUUCCCAUCCAAGCACCAUAUGAACUGCACAUGAUUCGUUCCCAAGCACAGUCAAAAAGUUCUUGCUUCUUCCCACUUCCUGGAAGGGCACAACAUCCUAAUAUCUGGACUUCUGUAGUUGAUAAAACUGAUGCUGAGAUUAUCAGCCUACAAAUGAGGAACUCAACAAAGGCAAAGGAGAAAGAAAGAAGCAUUCUUAAGCAGCAAGUAACUGGUGUUAUGAAGACUGGUGAAACAUGUAUUCUUGCUGAGUUUGUGGGGACUCGGUGGUGUUUGAUGGAUUCUCAGUGGUACCUUGAGCCACAAAAGAAAUCCAAUGAAGAUGGUCAUCUCUUUGAGCUCAUAGGCUGUCGGAUGGUAAAACUUUUCCAGGGAAAGAAGCUCGAUUUUGAGCCUAAACAUUGCGAGAAGAAGAGAAGUAAACAAGAUUUUAUGACUGCUGUUGAAUUUUCUGCUGAGUAUCCAUAUGGAAAAGCUGUGGCAUUGCUUGAUUUAAAGUCUGGAUUUGUCAAGGUAAAGGAAUCAUGGUUGGUGUUGCCUGCAAUCAUAUUAGCCUUCAUACUUUCUGAUAUUUUGAAGAAGGAAGGAUAUAAUGGCUUCACUUCUAACAGAGAAAAUCUGGAGGUAGAUAGUUUAGUGGAAAAGGCCAAAGGCUUUCAUGAGAAACCUGAGCAAAUCAGCCUGACUGCUGCUUCAGAAGGUAACAAGGAGCUGAAUGUGGACGUGGCUAAAGGAAGCAUAGUGAGGAGUGGAAAUUGUGGUGGCGGUUGCAGUGGUGGAUGUGGAGACAUGGUGAGGAGUGGAAACUGUGGUGGCGGUUGUAGCGGUGGAUGCGGGGACAUGGUGAGAAGUGGAAACUGUGGUGGUUGUGGCGGUUGUGGCAGUGGAUGCGGGGACAUGGUGAGAAGUGGAAACUGUGGCGGUUGUGGUGGUUGUGGCAGUGGAUGCGGGGACAUGGUGAGGAGUGGAAACUCUGGUGACAGUGUGUGUGGUGACACAAUGAAGAGUGGAAAUAGUGGGGGUUGUGGUGGAUGUGGUGGUUGUGGCGGUGGAUGUGGCAACAUGGUGAGGAGUAGAAACUGAGAUGGCCCAUGCUUGUGGUAGCCUGUGCCGCUAAAAAAAAAGUAUUAGGCUGUGUGGUAAGAUCCUGCAGUGAUGGCUGUCCUAGGAAUCACUCAUCCAGGCAAAUGAGAAAGAGAUCCAUUUUAAUAAUGAAGGCAUGGACUCUACCAGUCUUAAUAAGGUUUCAUUACCGGAGGAAAAUAAUAAGAUCAAGAGAUUGUUAAUAGGCAAUGUUCUCAUUAUCAUAUCAAGUGUGGUGGAACCUCUUAUUGUGUACGUGUCUAUUAACAUUUUUUCCCCAUCUCUGCAUACUGAACAGAGUAUGGCGAUUGCUUCUAUUUCUGUUUCGUCAAUUCUCAGCUCCAAUUCUCAUGCAAGCUUGACAUGUUUCUGCUUCGUGUCUCGUUCAUGCCACUGUAGUUGUUGAUGCCUCACUUCAGUUUGGGCAUGUCAUUGAGGUUGGCAUGCGUUCAUUGAAAUUAUCUGACAAUUCAUUAUGUAUAUUAAUUUCAUGGUGCUGGCUAUGUUCGAGGAA